UAUGAGAGACUUUGUCCAAAAACAAGUAGAGACACUCAGUGUGGAUGAUGGCAAAGACCGUGUGUCGGUUGUUCAGUACAGCAGAGAUCCAGCCGUCCAGUUCUAUCUGAACACUUACACCACAAAAAGAGAGGUCCUUGACAGUGUCAGAGGUUUGAGGCACAAAGGCGGACGACCCCUCAACACUGGAGCAGCUCUCCGGUACUUGAGGGAUAACGUCUUCACGGCCUCUGCCGGAAGCAGGCGUCCCGAAGGAGUUCCGCAGGUCCUAAUAUUGAUCACUGGUGGAAGAUCAUUUGACAGUAUUGAUGAACCAGCCUCUGCUCUCAAACAGCUGGGUGUCUUGACCAUUGCAAUUGGAACCCGAGGCUCUGACCCUAGAGAACUUCAGACCAUAACUGGCGAGCCCAGUUAUGCUCUAUCUGUGUCUGAACUGACUGACCUACCCAAAGUGCAACAGCAAGUUGAGUCCUCUGUGGAAGCUGCAGUUAUUGAAGUCACCCCAGAAUUACCAACCGUAAUUGUUUCACGUGACAGAAAAGAUAUCGUAUUCCUUCUGGAUGGUUCUGAUGGCACAAGGAAUGGCUUCCCUGCCAUGCGUGAUUUUGUAGAGAGAGUGGUGGAGAAACUCAAUGUGGGAGAAAACAAAGACCAUGUCUCUGUGGUCCAGUACAGCAGAGAACCAGAGGUCCAUUUCUAUCUGAACACAUAUACCACAGGGGAGGAUGUGGUGGACUCGGUCAGAGGGCUUAGACACAGAGGAGGAAGACCCCUAAACACCGGGGCAGCUCUCCAAUACGUCAGAGACAACGUCUUUACAAACUCCUCUGGGAGUAGACGCCUGCAGGGUGUCCCACAGAUAUUGAUCUUGCUAACUGGGGGAAGGUCUUUUGACAAUGUAGAUAGCCCAGCCUCAGCUCUCAAACAGCAGGGCAUUUAUGUGAUUGGCAUCGGAACUAGGACCUCAGAUGCUAGAGAGCUGCAGAAAAUAUCAUAUGAGCCCAGUUAUGCUCUGCCAGUGUCCGAGUUCACUGACCUUCCCAGUGUCCAAGAAAAGCUCUCUUCUGUAAUGAGCACAGUGAUAGUGAGGGCCACGCCCAUGACACCAACAGUGACCGGUAAGAACGUGACUCAUUUGUAAUCUCCAGUAUCAUGGUAGAAAACAGUCUGAAAAAAAAAUCAAAUGUGUUUUUCAGAGUUCAGUUAGGCAGUG